AUGGCGGAGAAAAUGAUAAAGAUCGCAACUCCUAAAGAGCAUCCCUAUUCAUCUCACAUCUCCCGGUUUGCAAUCUUCCCAUCCUUCCGCUCUCCAGAUGACCCUGAGACAGGAGUCAGAGCAGCCUCCCAACCUUUCCUCAACCCCCUGAUCCCAAAUAGUGCACCAGACAUCACUCUGCUGAGCAAAACUAUAGGUAACUCUAGACAUGCUGUGCAUUCAAAACCACUGAAAGAAGAGAACCAGGUUUUCUACCCCACUCCUCCGAAGACCGUGUUGCCCAACCCUAAACUUCGUGAAUGGAAUUUGUCCUCAUCUGAGCGGACAUGCAACAUGCUGAAAAAUUUAGAGAGGACUCACUGGAUCACCUCUUAUCAAAUGCAGUACACAGGAUCUGGACCAGCAAAUCCUCUAAAAAUAGAUGACUUCAACGAAAAAAUGAGUGACCCCACUGGAAUAAAUUCACACUCUGUACCACUGAGAGAAAAGUCCUUUCCUGUGUUUGUUCCAUCUAAACCAAGAAAUGGAUGUAGAAGAAGAGAGGGGAAGAGUGUGGGGAGGAGCAACUGCAGUCCCACAACUGAUGAACUCCCAGAUACAGGCACUGCUUCAGCUACUGUAAACCAGCAUAGUAAAGUCCAGUUUGAUGAAAGUCCCAUGCAAGUAUCCGUGUCACAGAGCAGCCAAGAGGAUAACGCUGCCCUGAUCGCAAACACAGAGCGGCCUCUGGACCUGUACAACCGCCCACUUUCCCAGGGAGAGAUGGAGGCCAAUGAAGAGAUGAAAAGCCUGACUGAGCUGUGUGUAAAGAAUGAACCAAGUAGCAAAGCUGGAAGAAAUGUAUCUAGCCUUAGUCAGUCAGCUGUAGCCGAAGACCUGGCAGGUAUUGAAUCACAUGCAGAGUUAUUAUCAAGGGCAGCUUCAGAGCAGGAUGAACUGGCAAUGGGAAGAGAGCUGGCAGGUAGUAUCUCUAACCCCUGCAUCCUACCAAGGCCUACUGUCCUGCCGGGCAUUCACUCCAUGAACAGAGUUGGGACUGUGGGCAGAGAAUGUGCAGCUCUCAGCCUCCUGGACCUUCAAAAUUCAUUUAGUAAGUCAAUGGCCCAUCGCAAAUUUAACAGCUCCAUCACACAUGCAGCUGUGAACCUGAGAGACAAUGUAGUCACAGGAAAAAAACACAAGUUCUAUGGGAUCAACUGUUACUACCUCCAUGGAUAA